AGUCAACAAUCAACAACAAUCAACAGCAAAACGCAAAGGUGUCACCCAGACUAAUUGGGCAAGUUGCGUGAAAAACGGCAACGGCAAACACUAAAUGCCUAAGCAUCUAGAUGUAUAAACCGGAUACAUUAACACGACGCGGCAGUCUGAGAUCCCUGCGCAGCGCCCCGCUACUUAGCACUGUAUUAGAGAGUACCCUCUCUUUGACACGCAUCCAUCCGAUAGCCUCAUUAGAGCUGCCUGGUCUCGAUUAUGCCUAUCAAUCGCAAUCGGCAUUGGGUGGCGCCUUGCAGCAUCAUCGUGAAUUAGGCACUUCGUUACGCAGUGGUAUCGCAGCGAUAACAGCGGCCAGUGCCACUGCCGCCGGCGGUGGUAUCUCAACUCAAUCCCAAAGUGCCCAUCUUCUUGGACGCUACGGCCCAAAUGCCUCAAUAAGGCACAACGAACGAAAGAUUGUCCAACCGAAACGGGUUCUAUCACGUAAACUAAAGCCACAUUUAGUUGCCGACACUGUUAAACAAUAUAUAAGUCGGGCCCAACGCACAACAACAGCAAAGAGCAGCGACAGCAGCAGCGGCAGCAACAACAAAAAGGCAAAUUCACAAGAGCAACAAAAUAACAUGGAGUUUUUACGCGGCGUUUAUGCGUUUAUGCAAGUGAGUAGAUCAUCGGUGUCUCAUGUCAAAAUCGAUUCACCUGUCUUUCGCCUGCACACCAACGCAACGGUUAUACUACUGAUCACAUUCUCAAUUGCUGUAACGACGCGGCAGUACGUAGGAAAUCCCAUAGACUGUGUACACACAAGAGACAUUCCUGAAGAUGUUCUCAAUACAUAUUGUUGGAUACACUCCACAUAUACAGUGGUCGAUGCGUUUAUGAAAAAACAAGGUUCCGAGGUGCCUUUUCCCGGCGUUCACAAUUCACAGGGUCGCGGCCCGUUAACAAUAAAGCACACCAAAUAUUAUCAAUGGGUAGCGUUCACACUAUUUUUUCAGGCAAUCUUAUUUUAUACACCAAGAUGGCUGUGGAAAUCUUGGGAGGGUGGCAAAAUUCAUGCGCUCAUCAUGGACUUAGACAUAGGCAUUUGUUCCGAAGCCGAGAAAAAACAAAAAAAGAAAUUACUUUUAGAUUAUUUGUGGGAAAAUUUAAGAUAUCACAAUUGGUGGGCGUACAGAUAUUACGUGUGUGAACUGCUCGCCCUUAUAAAUGUGAUAGGUCAAAUGUUUCUUAUGAAUCGAUUUUUCGAUGGCGAAUUUAUGACAUUUGGCUUAGAUGUGAUAGAUUAUAUGGAGACCGAUCAGGAAGAUCGUAUGGAUCCAAUGAUUUACAUAUUUCCCAGAAUGACCAAAUGUACAUUUUUUAAAUAUGGUUCAAGUGGGGAGGUGGAGAAACACGACGCCAUUUGCAUUUUACCAUUAAAUGUUGUUAAUGAGAAAAUUUACAUUUUUCUUUGGUUUUGGUUCAUAUUAUUAACGUUUCUCACAUUAUUAACGCUAAUAUACAGGGUGGUUAUUAUAUUCUCACCUCGUAUGAGGGUUUACUUAUUUCGUAUGCGAUUUAGGUUAGUGCGUCGUGACGCUAUUGAAAUAAUCGUUCGUCGUUCAAAGAUGGGCGAUUGGUUUUUGUUGUAUUUAUUAGGUGAAAACAUAGAUACGGUUAUAUUUCGUGAUGUUGUACAGGAUUUAGCGAAUCGUUUAGGACAUAACCAACACCAUAGGGUGCCUGGAUUGAAAGGUGAAAUACAGGAUGCAUGAUAUUGGGAGUAUUAAGAAGCGAUACAAAAUGCAAUUUGUCGUCUCCAAUUGAAACACAACAACAAAAACAACAACAAUUACUUGAAAACAGAAUGAAUAAAUGCCACUGCAGCAGCCGCUUCAUUUCAUUAAAUCUUCUAAAACAAAAAAAAAACACAAGCAACUUAAAAAAACGGAA